UGACAAAUAUCAGAACAGAUUGUGAAAUUAAGAGAUAAAUGUACUUUAAUAGAUUAUUUCCAAAAAAAAAUCCAUUUUUUUCAGUAAUAUAUAUAGAGGUUGAUGAGGAAGCCAGUUUGUAAUCAGAGUCUAGUCCAUCAUCUUCUUCUCUUCCCCUUCCAAACUUUUGAGUUUUUCAAAAAAUGUCGAUGACAAUUGUAUUCAAGUAUGCAGAAUGUCCCGAAAAACAAUGGCGUAAAGGAUUCAAACUUGCGGCUUGUUUUCCAGGAGUUGAUGCUCCAUGUUGUGGUAUCAUGCCAAACGUAUUUGCUGUAAGGGGAGAAAAUAUUGAUCAAGACAAAUUACUGCAGAAAUUGAAGAAGAUCUUGAAAUCUGUUGAAAUUCUUGAUCACUCAGAAUACCCUCCACAUUAUUUUUUUUAUCAUAUCUAAUAAUGAUGUUUAUUUUUUUCUUUCUUGUUGGGCAAAUAAUGAUGUUUAAUUAUGUUUUUAUAUUCUAAAAAAAUAAUUGGACUUUGGUGUAAGUCUUAAGAUAUGUAAUUAUAUAUGGUCAAAU